UUUUUUUUUUUGGAGGCGAUUGCAACAUCACAUCCAAAAGCUGCUCGUCCACAACCGCAGUCGCCUUUUUACGCACCACGGAGCUUGGAGGAUAGACCUCUCUCUCUCUCUUUCUCUCUCUCGCUCUGCUACAUUUAUCCUCCUUUAUUUCUGUAUUCCCUUCUUUAUUGGACUUAACACUUUUGUGGGAGCUACUCAGCACACGACUGGGACUAAUACAGUAAAUAUAGAUGACGUGUUGCGCAACAACGAUGAUGACGUUUUUACCCUGAAUGCAUCUUGUACUAAAUGCUGCUUUAGAGUGACCAGUGCCAGGCACCAGCCUACAGAUGGAGUCCAGGGUCCCCCACCACAUCCCCGGAGUGUCCUCCUCCAUCAUAUCCCAGCCCCUGCUGGACAGUCGAGUGCCCUACGGCCGCCUGCAGCACCCCCUCACCAUCUACCCCAUCGAUCAGAUCAAGUCCUCGCACGCGGAGAACGACUACAUCGACAGCCCCGCCAUCGUCUCCCAGCAGCCCCCGAGUCAGAAGACGUCGAGCAGAAGGAGCAACUGUCACGGUCACGAGGGGUUCGUGGGCGCCAACCACAAUAACCAUCACAAUCACCAGCACCAGGGUAGGUGCGAGCCUCACCACGACACCACCACGCACCCUUGGAUCUCCUUCAGCGGGAGGCCCAGCUCAAUCAGCAGCAGUAGCAGCACGUCAUCGGACCAGAGGCUGCUGGACCACGCGGCGCCCACACCAACCGUGGACCACCACCCAAACCUGCACCCUCACCAGGGCCUCGUGAACACAAUCGCCACUCGAACUCCAGGCUGCUUGGCUCUCUCUGAACCUAAAGUCCUCACCACCUCCUCCUGUAACUCCUCGUCUAAAUUGCUGGACGUCAAGUCUGGGAAACUUCCUUCAGGAGGCCAGCAGGGGUCGACCCCGAUCCCGUCGUCCCCAGCUGAGAAGAAGCACCUCCUCCUCUGCGAACACUGCAGCAAGUGCCGAUGCACCGAGUGCACCCUUCCGCGGACCCUGCCCUCCUGCUGGGUGUGCAACCAGGAGUGCCUGUGCUCCGCUCAGAGCCUGGUGGACGCAGCCACCUGCAUGUGCCUGGUCAAGGGGAUCUUCUACCACUGCACCGAGGACGAGGACGACGAGGGCUCGUGCGCGGAUAAGCCCUGCUCCUGCUCGCAGGCCAACUGCUGUGCACGCUGGUCCUUCAUGGCCGCCCUCUCGGUCGUCCUGCCUUGUCUGGUGUGCUACCUGCCGGCUACCGGUUUGGCGAAAUUGGGACAGAAGUGCUACGACAAUGUCAGCAGGCCCGGUUGCCGGUGCAAGAACUUGCAAGUUGGCGUCCCGGCGUGUAAAAACGGAGGCGUGGAAGCAAAAGCGGGGACACUUGAGAAGCAACCGCAACUGGGGUCAUGAUACCCAGAACUUCCUGUCAGGUGUUGCGAAAGAGAAACUGGACCGCACCACAGUACUUGUUCAAUCUCUAGGGAACCCUUAACCAACCACAAUAAUCUGCCGGAAGAUGUAAAACAAAAAAAAGGUACUUAUAAUAUCUUCGUAACCUGACAACAGAAGGGUCGGCAAGUUCUCGAUGUUCUCUGGUUCCACCCUGGUUCCGGAGUUGGGCUUGUUCUGAGACGACGACUGAUACCGACACAAAAAAAUCAGCUCGUUUUGUGACUAACCGUAAAACCGGUUUGUAGGGAUAAUAUAUCAAAUAUAUAAGUUAAACUACAGAUGCUAAAUAUCUAUACACCACUCCCCCCCCCAUAAGCACAGCCCCCGCCAACCUGAUUAUGAACACCUAUAGUUGAAAUAUGCUAGCUUGGUAAUGCUAAUAAUCCAUCCAAACAAGUGAGACUAAUUCGUUCUCAAUCUGACGGUUGAUUCUGGAUCGAUUCCGACGUAGUGCAUGUCAUGAUGACCUGCAUGCUACACUGUGCUAGAAGUAAGUCAAUAUGUUGUAGAGAAAUGUGUUUUUUUUUUUAAACACCAACAAAAAAAAAAAAAAUACAAAAAAAAAAAAAUGAAACGCAAACCUUCUCAGGGACUGUCCUCUUUAGAAUCUGCUGCGUUCAUAAGUAAAGAAGUCGGAAAUGUUCAAGGUAUGAACUCAAUUGGGUUGAAGGCAAUCGUAAAAAAAAUGAAAAAAAAAAACAUGGCUGAACUCGUAAUUGAAUCCCAGUAAAGUUGGAUGACUUUUUUUCGGAAAAUUUCCUACUUCUCAAACUGCCGACGAACUCAAUCUAUUUCCUCUUUGCACAGAAAUUCGGGGGCGAAGAGGCGACAGUAACAAUAAAAACUCAUACGAGGUUUAAGCUAGCCUUUUUUUUUUUACCUCGGAUACGAGGCAGGGUUUAAGUGUUAAAGUGCGGAGUCUUGCCUUAGCCCCUUGCACAAUUUUUUUUAGGUUGACGCUAGCCCCCCUUAAAGAUCGUAAUAAAGCACAGUAUCAAGGUAGUAUAUGCGCUGCUUUUUUUUAGAGCGUCUUCGUCGUCAUCAUUAGAGCUGCGUUUUAUUCCGAAAAAAAGUCUUAUUUUCGUGGCUUGCAUGAGGACUUUUUUUUUUCUUUUUCCGGCCAUCUCUGUGUGGAGUUUGCAUGUUCUCCCCGUGCAUGCGUGGGUUUUCUCCGGGUACUUCCUCCCACAUUCCAAAAACAUGCUAGGUUAAUUAGCGACUCCAAAUUGUCCAUAGGUAUGAAUGUGAGUGUGAAUGGUUGUUUGUCUAUAUGUGCCCUGUGAUUGGCUGGCGACCAGUCCAGGGUGUACCCCGCCUCUCGCCCCAAAGACAGCUGGGAUAGGCUCCAGUAUCCCCCCGCGACCCUUGUGAGGAAAAGCGGUAGAAAAUGAAUGAAUUAAUGAAUUACUGUUUUGUGGUUGAAUACGGAUUUUCUUGCAGGCCAUUCAUACUGUGUCAAACAUUUGCAGCAUUUCUUGAAAUGAAUUCUUUAUUUUUAGACUAUUAGCCACUGGUUAAUUGGCGACUCCAAAUUGUCCAUAGGUAUGAAUGUGAGUGUGAAUGGUUGUUUGUCUAUAUGUGCCCUGUGAUUGGCUGGCCACCAGUCCGGAGUGUACCAGGCUGACCACAACAUUCCGCAAGAUUGAAAUCCCUGUUGUAGUCUCACACUAGCUCCAACAAGGAAAAGGGUCUAAGUUUGGGGGUCUAACUUUUUUUUUUUUUUUUUGCCAAAGGAAGCAAACUUACAAUAGUACGUAGUCACAAUCCGAAGAGGUUGAUUGUGGUUUUUCUCCCCCAAAAAUAACCGAAAAAAGCAUGCUGCCCUUUAAUACCGAAGGCCUUUUGUGUUUGUAGUGUUGUAGUUUGGACGGGGGGACGGGUUCUGUCUUUGUUGCUCCAUGUUCACCUUCAAGUUCCGCUAACAUUUGUCUGAUUACACACUGUCUUUAUAGCAUUAAUUGAAUGUAAAUGGGAAUAAUGGAAACAGUGGUGCCAAAAAAAAAAAAAACAGAAGAUCAGCCAAGCUUGUAUGAGCAAAAUAUAUAUUUAGUAAUAGAUGCUAUGCAGGUUCUUAUUUGCUGUAAAUACUUUCAAAACAUUUGUGUUCUUUAGAGGAGAACAUGUCCUUGAAAGGUUGCAUGGUACACUAUAAUAACUACCGUUUAAAAGAGAAUAUAUUAGAUAUCUAUUUUUGAGUGUAACGAGGGGGAAGCACUUGAUUUGAAAUAAAAAUAGUGUGCCCGGUAAUAAAAAAAAAUCUAUUUAAAAAGUCUUACUAGCAGGCUAAGCUAAAUUCCCUUCCACUGUGGAUUCACUGAGUGCACAGAAGGGAACACAAUCCACCCGUGUCCGGAAUCGACCCAUUUCCUGCCGCUGUGUUUCUUUUUUUUUUUUUUCCUCGCUCUUGACUGACAAACACAGCUGCCGUGCAUACAUUUUGUGUCACGGCUCAAGGUUGUGUCGCCCGCCUGUUUCGCCUCGUCCGAUGCCGGUUUUUCAGUCUUUUUUUCUCCACUUUGCUUUUUUCCUUUUCCACGUGCUUAGUGUAGCAUAAUCCUCAACAGUUCCGUGAUUGUUUUUUUUAUUUUUCUCUUUCUCUGCAAAUGCUGUGACCGUCUGCACACUCACCACCACCAGUAUCGCUCACUUGACGUUCUAUCCUCAAAUCCCAUUUUAGCUGAAUGACGCUACUCCAUGCCUUUGCAAAUGUUUUGGGGAGCGAAUGAAUCUGUGCUUUUUUUUUUUCUUUGUUUUUAGAUAUAACGGAAAGGAAAAAAAGCUCUCAUAUAAAAGUUUCCCUUUAUAGAUAUAUUUAUUUUGAAGUUCUAUUUUAUAUAGUAUUUAUUUAGAUUGCCAACUUUCUGUUUGUGAAGAAAGCCUAUGUUGAAAUGGAAUGUACAACGACAAUGGAAAUAUAUAUAUUGUUAAAUAUAAGUCGCUGAUGUGUUGUGUCUUUUGUGACUGGGUCCUUCGU